AAAGGCCUGGUGAAGUGGAUCGGAAAUGGAAGCACAAUGACUUUUUACGUGCAAGCUCAACACUUGUCAUGUGUGGACACCCCGGAGAAGUUUAUCCGGGGCAAGCCAGUGGUUUCAACCUGCAUGUCGUGAAGCAUCAUUUUUGCAACAGUUACGGUUUUCUUGAUCUGCUUGCAGUACUCAAACAGCACAGCGUAGGUCAGUGCAGUGAGUUGACGGAGCUCGCGUUGUGCUUCUAAAACCCGCCACUAGCACUGUUACAAAAAAUAUGUGGCACUCCAAACAGAAGUUCGGCAGUAGCAGCUACCCUUGCUAGGAUUCUUGAGGCAGUCAGGCAGCCAAGUGUCGAAAAGAGUAACUGAUAACCGUCGUUGUCGACACCCUCUCAGUUUUUAAUUGCCGAAGUAUGAGGCUGAGAACUGGAAACGUCUUCUGCGUGGUGUUUGCAACUGUAAAUGUUGCAGUGAGCACGUUUCCACCGGCCAGCAUCCCGGAUAAGUCCGAGGCUGAAAAUGCGGCUACCGACAAGAGCAAAACUCGUGGUCCACGCGGUCCACGCGGAGAUCUGUCCUACCUUUCAGAACAUGAGCCAACAAAAGAGCAUCAACGUCGACUAGAGAAGUCGAAAAUGGUGAAGGGAGACCUGGGCGCGAUACAUUUGUCCAACAUCACAACCGUUCAUCCGAUCCGGAUUGCGAAGCAGGAAAUCGUCAGUUCAGAAGCUGUUGUCCUGCCGACGACCCAACCUCCCUUUACGCAGCAACACAAGUUUCUUGAGAAUGAGCAUGCUGCUAUUAGCUGUAGUCCGGGUGAAUUUAUAUCACGGCUUCAUCUCUCUUAUACUUCUGAGCCGUUGAGGAGUACUUAUUUCACGUACAGUUUUCGUUUCCGCCGUCAGCCCAUUGUCUUGCCUAGCUACGGAAGCAGCAAUGUUGUCCACAACUCAUGUCACGGACUGAAAUUCUGCGUUGGUCACCGAGCAUGCUUGUUUCAGGUCACCGAUAGGCUUUGCUUGCACAACCCAAUGCCACAGAGAAGAAAGAUGCUGAUCAUUCGUGUAGCCUGCGAGCUGACCAGCUCCUUCCCAGCCGAUAAUGCAAGAUCACCGUUGCUCAAACAACUUGCCUUUACUGUUGUAUUGGUUUCGGAAAGAUAUCACCUUGGAAAGCCGGUGAUUAUGGAAACUGUCCGAUCUGAUAGAGAUGUAUUUGCUCUGUCAUGCCCACAGCAAAUGUCCGAGGAAUUCCAUACGAGAUUCACUGGGCACUGUGGAAAAGCUGCACCCAGUCAAGAACAAGUCACCAGUGACAUGUGGAAACUGGCUGGUCGGGCUCCAUCAGUAUUGUGCCAAAGGGAGUUAAUGGAUGUGUACUGCGCCUACAAGUACAAUGCAUCCGGUGGCUGCUAUCCACGGUCCUUUCUGGUGGCCGAGUCGUCAUCCAGAGAUACUGCUGAUCCAGCCGCAAGAAACAAACUGACUCAGACACGUCAGUCAUCAUCAAUGCUGUUCAGAAGCCUUCCAGCUGAAAGACCUCGAGUCACCGGGGACAGUCUACGUUCAGAAGAUGUGAGCUCAAGUGACCUGGAGCCAGCUCGCAUUGGAUUUGUCAUACUGGUACUGGAUCAUCCUGUUAUGGCGCUCCAGCUUGUCCAGAGUCUGUUUGAUCCAUUGCACUAUUUUGUGCUGCAUGUCGACAGCCGUGCCACAACUAUACGCCACCUUUUGAUGAAGUCCAUCAUGUCGGACUACAUUCGUAAAGGAUACAACAAUGUCCAUGUCCUGCCAUUGAAAAGGUCGGUUGUAACAUCACCUGCAUCGUUCAGUAUAGUCCAGGCUCAGCUUCUUGCCACCGAGGAGCUGUUGAGCAUGGGCCAUUGGGACUUUGCCGUCGUAUCUCUCUCCAAGUCAGACAUGUCUCUACGUACAGCCGGUGAUCUGGCUGCUAUGCUGGCUGCAUACAAAGGUUCUAACUUCUUGCAUGUGUCACGUCUUUGGAAUAAACGAGAGCACAAAUCCGACCUGUAUGCUUGGCAUCAGUGUCGACAACAUGAUUUUGUCUACAACGUGACACGGCGCGCUUCUCCCAACCUCGAUAUCGCUAGUCAUGGUCAAGUGGCAGUCAUAAGCAGAGAGGCAGCAGAGAUUGUUGUGAAGGGAGUUCCCCGUUCACUGAGCGAUGCUGCACGUUUGCAGUUCACCCUGGAGACCAGCCUGAACCCUGCAGAUGUCUACAUCGCCACAGUACUGAUGAAUUCCAGACUUAGUGCAACCAUGCAUGACACCAAGGUGAUGAUUGUCAAGUCUGCUAGUAGUGCUGCCACUACCGCAGUGAAUGUUGCUGCAACUCAGUGGUGUGCUGGCCUGAAGGAAGCCGAUAUCUGCUUGCCAGAGGCGAGCACGUUUACUGCCAUGGAUGUACCGUACCUGCGUCGCAUGUCCCUGGAGAGCAUGUUUGCGGGGCACUUUGAGAUUGAUGCCGAUGAUGCGGUCAGAGGAGCUCUGUCGCUGUGGGUGAACGUGGAUCUUGCUAAACACACCAAGAAGAUGUAUCAGAGUGACACAACAGCAAGGAUAAUGGCGACAAUGCUUAUGAAGGAACUUCUCGGUGAGGACUGGAGAGCUGAAGCUAAUUUGUCAAGAAUCUCGUCCAUGUCUGCUCUACCUAAGCUGAAAGCUGGCUUGCCAUGCUGUCGUGAAGAUAGUUUUGUCGUGCAAACCGGCUUAGUGAACCAAGUCCUAUACCUAGUUGAAUUUACAGUGGUACUGAAGGGUAGCUCACGUAGAAAACGAGUCCGUGGAUCUGUGGCACAACUGCCUCGAGCGCAGUGCUUUCCUGAUGGGCACGUGAAGACAAUGAUGUUCGGAACAAGGUUCAUCUUUAAUGACGGGCGACAUUCGCCCUGGACAUCGCUGAUACCGGCUGCGUGGGAUCCUGCUGGAGACACCAGCUUCUGGGUUCUAAUUGUUUUGAACACAAAACUGCCCUCGGCCACUCGAAGCUGCUCGCUCAGCGAUUUCCUGCUUGGCCAAGAUACAUGGAGUAGGACCUUUCCACAUUUGAGUGAUGAAAUCUUCUAUCCGAACGAGACUUCGACCUGGUCCAUGUUCUCAACUACCAACCACACCAUGGAGUUUGUUGUGCAUCUUGUUGAUCCCAAUGGCAUGACUCGGUGUCAAAAGCCGUUCACUGUGAAUUGGCACAAGUCUGAGGGGACCUCUUGGCAAUCAUGGCGGGUGUUCCGUUGUGGCAUCCUUGAGCCCGGCCUGUGGACAGCUCGUCUCGUUCCAGUGGCAGUCGACGGUGACAUCGAACAGCAACCAGCAAUGUAUGAAUCCCACAUAUUCCUGGCCAGCCCAACAGCCAACAUUGCCCCCACUACACUAAGCUCAAUGUCAGCAUUGUGGAAUGUGGAACGUGUGUCUUUUGUCAACUCUCGUACUACACAAUCAAGACCCAAGAUAUCUGUUGCACCAGCAAUACUGGAAAAGAACCUGCGGAGAUUUGUGAUGCCGGCUCCAGGGCUGGGCAAUGAUGGCAAGGGCAAGUUCAGAGGGAAGUCUCUCGUCCGGAGAAAGCACGGCAGGAAGUCUCGACCUCCUGGCAGCAAAGGCCUCACUGUCUUUGAGACCUGGUUCAAUUCUCUGGCGUUCUUCUGUGUACGCUUUCUGGUUGUGGUGCUAGUACUCUACAUCGUCCUGACAAAGGUAUUCAGAGUGAGAAUACGAGGCGGCCGCUAUUCUGUGAUGCAAGUGAUUGUGCUGAUGGCCAUCUUGCUAGUCAUCAUACAAACUGCUCUCCACAGCAAACUGCCGUGAUGCGUAUGUACUGGUAUCCCGUCCAUGCAUGUAUGUACAGUCUCCAUGAAUACAGGUUUGGCAUUAUCUCCAACCACUCCGCAUACUGAGUUGAUUCCAUCGACAUUCUUCAAGAUGUGGAAGUCUGCUUUAGUUUGAUCUUCUCCGUGGCCACCUGCGACAAGUGUAUCCGCCAAUAAAUAUCUUGCUGGGCAAUUGCGUUUCGCUGACCAGUUGUGCACCCCCACCAUGUGCCUGGCUUCUCCUUUCUUAUUCGAGUCAUCUGCGAAAACUGCAAUGCCAUAGGGUGUUGAGGAGAGGUUGUCAAGGAGGAUAGCCUUGUCAACCUCUCCUAGAAGCAAGUAGUUCCGUUUGACAAGCGGCGAUGGUGAACAUGUUGUGCCAAGAUGGCUGCAGCGAGCUUUACCAGUUAGUGCAUGGUGGCUUACAUGUAUUUCCAAUCCUGUCUUCUGAUUAGACAAUAGGCAUGCAAUCUGAAGAAACCGCAUCUGUACCAUGAAGCACGGGCAAUGGGCUGCCCGCGCAACGCCUUUUCGCACUCGUGUGUCACAGUGGCCGGCAUUCUUCUUCCUCUUUCGACGUUUCGGGUAAUUCACUCCCGACAGGUCUGUUUUAAUGUUUGCAGAGGUUGUGAAACUCUUAAUAUAGCUUUGAACUCCAAAAAGACUUGCUUCUGCAUUCACUAUCACCAACAAGAAAAUGAAGGCUAUGAGUAUGAAGAAAGAAAGAGUUGAUUCGGUUUGUUGCGGCGGGAAAACGGGUGUAGCUACAAUGUACCUUGCUGAACUCGACAUUGUCGCCAUGCUGACUCUCCACUACCAGGAGACAUUUACAAAGACAAAGAUGUGUCGUUGCUGCUCCAGACCGAUUCCCAGUAGACGCCAGACAGAAAAUUGGUUUAAAAAAGAGGAGGUCGGCACAAGACCUAUCAUCGCUGUGCUAGGUACUUUUAGAAGGCAAUCGAAUACAAGAAGCAGCAGACUGUCGAAUCGAAAGAGAAAGACACUUAGGGAUGGUUAUGUCUGAUGUUGUUCGACUUGGAAAGUUGGAGAUUUGUUUUGUGUAGCUCGAACGCAGGAGUCCAAUCCACGAUUUGAAG